AUGGACGAGCCUGGUAAUGACCCACAAGCAGGUCCCUUACCCUUACGUUGGUUGCGGCGUGUGUCAACGUUCCUAGCUCACUAUGGGGUUGAAACUCAUGGCAUCGCCCCGAUCCCGAGGGAAGAGAGACUGGAGACGCGGUGGUACCAGAUGUUCUUUGUCUGGUUCUCUGCGAACAUGAACAUCCUCAGCUUCAGCACUGGAACUGCCGGGCCAGCUUUCUUCUCGCUCGGCGUGCGUGACUCCAUCGUCGUUAUAACCAUCGUCGAUCUCGUGGUCUGCCUGAUUCCGGCAAUCUUUGCUGUAUUUGGGCCAAAGCUUGGCACCCGCGCUAUGGUUCAGUCCCGGUUUUCUUGGGGCUAUUACGGUGCAAUUAUUCCCAGCGCUCUAAAUGUCUUCUCCCUGCAGGGUUUCCUUAUCUUGAACUGUAUCAUCGGAGGACAGACGAUCGCAAGCGUCAGCUCACAUAUAGACGACACCCUGGGCAUCGUUAUCAUAAGUAUCAUCUCGCUCGUGGUGACGUUCUUUGGGUAUCGCUUUCUUCAUUGGUUCGAAAGCGUAGCAUGGAUCCCAAACGUGAUUGCAUUCAUUGCCAUGCUUGCGCUUGGGUACCCCCAUCUUCAUAUCAACCAGUCCGUAUCGGUUCCAGCACCGAAAGCAUCAUCCAUACUGUCUUUUGGAUCCACGGUGGCUGCUAGUGUGCUUAGUUGGUGUACGAUAACUCCCGACUAUGGUGUUUACCACAGCCCAAAAGCUUCAUCCUCUCGCGUCUUCCUCUACACGUAUCUUGGGUUCCUCACUGCAAGUCUUACGGCUCAUACCAUGGGUGCAGCUUUUGCAGCUGCAGCUCCUAGUGUGCCUGCAUGGAACGCUGGCUUCCAGGACAGCACAUCUGUCGGAGGUUUGAUAUACAGUGUUUUGACCCCUGUUGGCAGCUUCGGAAAGUUGCUCACUGUAUUAGUUGCGCUCAGCAUACCCAGCGCCUGCGCACCGUGCAUGUACACGUUCAGCACGAGUUUCAUGACCAUCGCCGGAUGGUUCGCCCUCGUUCCGCGUUGGGUGUAUAUUUUGGUAUCCGAGGGAGUCCUCAUACCGGUCGCUAUUAUUGGCGCAAAGACAUUCUAUACAACAUUCGUGGACAUUCUCAGUGUAAUCGGAUACUGGAGUGCGGCUUUCGCGGCAAUCGUUUUGAUCGAGCACGUGCUGUUCCGUCGCGCAUCGUUCACCGAGGACGUCUACCCAAUUGCCACGUGGGACUCUCCCAGGUUACUGCCUACCGGAACAUCCGCCAUCCUUGCAUUCUUUUGCGCGUGUGGAGCACUUGUGCCUUUUAUGUCUCAGGCGUGGUAUGUAGGGCCCGUUGCGCAGUACGGGUCUGGAGACUGCGGGAUUGCUGUUGGGUUUGUUGUUGCUGCCCUUACCUACACAGUUUUCAGGGGCGUAGAGAGGUGGUGCAUGAAAGUGAGGGGGGUUGGUGGGCCACUUAGGGAAGAAGACAUCAAGGAACAAGAUUUUUGA